AUGUUGAACCGUUUGGAUCUGUUUUCAGCAGAAACUCCGCUCCCUGAUCCGAGGAAUGUCUGCGUGUCGGAAUCCGUCCUGCGGACGGGCAGCAGCUUGCACACAGAAAGUCGCGCUGUGAGUCUCACAGAACAGCAGCACCGGCUCCUCGCCCGGUUGUCUGGUGGAAAAUUAAAUCCGGUACAGAAAGUACUCAAGAGGCUUUUACCAGGUAACUCAACGAGGGAAGAUGAUCGGGACACGGGGAGCAAGGUUCCAAAGCAGGGUCAGAUUGAGAGCAAUGUCCCAAUGGAAUGCGGUCCGGCCGCAGAGGAGGAGGAGCAAAUUCAGCCCAGAGACAGUGACGUCAGAGACACUGAGCAGGACCCUGGAACCGGAACCAGUGAGGCGACUGCCUGUCAGCCCAGAGACAGUGACGUCAGAGACACUGAUCAGGACCCUGGAACCGGCACAAGUGAGGCGACUGCCUGUCAGCUCGGAAACUCAUUAAACACGGAAUUGUCAAGUGCCCAACAGGGAGUGGAGUUUACAAUCUCCGACCUCCUGGCAGAGGGGGGCGAGUAUCGACUGUACCAACUGACCAAGUUCUACAGGGACAGACUCAAACAUGCAAUUGAAGAGAAAGUUGAACGACUCGGUUGGAUGUUGACAAAGGAUGGACAUUUCAGUGGAGAAGAAAAUGAGAAAGUCACUGAACUGACGGAGAAGGGAAACCGGACAGAGAGUUCCAGACUCUUCCUCAGUUUGGUAAAUGGCAAAGGCUCCCGGGCCCGGAGGGCGAUGUGGGAAUCCUUUGUGAUUUGGAGGACUGAGUUACCGAAGUUGGACAGGAUACUGAGGGAGAUACAGGAGCUCGGUCCUGACCCAGAGGAAUACAUGAACAUUGCACAAGGGUUGUCUGAGUUACCCACUGAACUGACAGAUGUUCAACAGAAACACAAGGAGACUCUGCGGGCACAAACUGGAACACUGAGAGUGAACACGAUCCUGAUGAGGGAGAAGGUGAAGGUUUUCCAGCUGGUUGAUCGAUACACAAAGCUCACGGUCAUUUCUACUCUUCGAGUUCGGAGAUUGGUGGAACAUGAGCUGCUGGCAAGAGGCAGAGACCACGAGGAGUGGAGAGAGGAACAUCUCCGCAGAGAGCUGGAAAAAAUCCGGACUGAUCAGUUGUUCCAGAGCAGCUUUUCCCGGAGUAAAUCCAAAUCUGGGAGUUCGGCAGCAGUGGCCGGAGUCCCAGGGAUCGGGAAAACCACAAUGGUACAAAAGAUUGUUUAUGAUUGGGCCACGGGAAAAAUUUACCAACAGUUCCAGUUCGUCUUCAGUUUCAAGUUCCGAGAUUUAAACACGAUCAAUUGUACAAUCAAUCUCUCGAACCUGGUGCUGUGUUUCUAUCCUUACCUUGGGAAUGUCCUGAAAUCACUGUGGAAGAACCCAGAGGGAAUGCUGUUUAUAUUUGAUGGCUUGGAUGAAUUCAACGACACAAUUGAUUUUGCUGACAGCCGGAGAAACAUAGACCCUCAGGCCUCAUGCACAGAUCCUGAAUUCCGGUGCAAGGUGUCUGACAUUGUGUACAGUUUAAUCCAGGGCAAGCUGCUCCCAGGGUGUUCAGUGCUGGUGACCACACGCCCCUCUGUGUUACAUUUAUUGGAAAAAGCGAAGAUCGGUGUCCGGGCUGAAAUCCUGGGAUUUGUUGGUGAGGAACGGAAGGAAUAUUUCAUCAAACAUUUUGAAGAUCAGAUGGUGGCAGCAGCUCUUUUCAAACACGUGCAGGAGAAUGAGAUCCUGUACACUAUGAGCUACAACCCCUCCUACUGCUGGAUCCUCGCUCUGGCACUGGGCCCCUUCUUCACACAAAGAGUCAGGGACCCGCAGAGAGUUCCCAAGACCAUCACCCAACUGUACUCCUACUAUAUUUACAAUAUCCUAAAAAAUCACGGCCGUGAGAUUGAGAGACCCCGUGAUGUGUUUCUCAGGGUGGGUCAGAUGGCCUACAGAGGAGUGUCCGAGAAGAAGAUUGUGUUUGCAGACGGAGAUUUGAUCAAGUUCAAUCUGCAGCCUUCCCAGUUCCUGUCCGGGUUCCUGAUGGAGCUUUUGGAGAGAGAGGAUUCUGCCCACAGUGUGGUGUACACAUUCCCACACCUCACCAUCCAAGAGUUUGUAGCUGCAGUCGCACAAUUCCUGACUGUACAUCCCCAGGAUAUCCUGAAAUUCCUCAAUGAAGCCCACAAGACAACAGAUGGGCGAUUUGAGGUCUUUCUCCGAUUUGUUGCUGGUCUCUCCAACCCAAUGACAGCUCGGGGCCUGGAGGAGUUUCUGGGUCCAUUUCCUCAUCAAACAACCUGCCGGGUGAUUGACUGGGUGAAGGAGGAGGUUAAACGCCAGAGUGGAAACACGGGUGACAUUGGGAGAAGGAGACUCCUGAACACAUUGCACUACCUGUUUGAGUCUCAGAAUCGUGGACUGGCUCAGGCCGCACUGGGAUCUCUGAAAACACUUUCAUUCAGUGGAAUGACACUGACCCCGGUUGACUGUACAGUUCUGUCUCAUGCCAUCGGACUCUGUGAUACUAUAAAUGAUCUCAACCUGGAGCGCUGCCACAUUCAGUGUGAAGGAAUCCAGCGGCUGGGACCCGGGCUGAGCAAGUGCCAGGAGUUGAGACUCGGGGAGAAUGACCUGGGAGAUUCAGGAGUGAAACUGGUGUCUGCGGCUCUGGGGAACCCGGAGUGUAAAAUACAGAAACUGUGGCUGUGGGAUGUCGGUCUCACAGAUUCUGGUGCCGAGGAUCUCGUCUCCGCUCUCAGUACAAACCCAUCACUGAUGGAUCUGGACCUGAGUGGUAAUAAACUGGGGGAUUCAGGAGUGAAACUGGUGUCUGCGGCUCUGAGGAACUCGGAGUGUAAAAUAGAGAAACUGAGGUAAGUACCAGACUGUGGGAGAUUGUGUUUACAGUCACUGGGUGUCUGACACUGAACAUUAAUGU